AUGCGGAGCGGCGCCCUCCCUCCCGCCGGCAGCAUGCGCCCGUCCUUUCUCCUCCUUCUCCUCCUUCUCCUCGCUCUACCUGCUCGUGCCCGGCGGGAGCAGGUGCCCGGCGGGGCGCAGCCGGGGCCGGCGGGCCGCAACGCCCCCGCGCCUUCCUCCUCCUCCUCCGUGGCGGCGGCGGCGCCGAGCCGCUUCCCGCGGAGCCGCCCGGGGCGGCGGCGGGGCCGGCUGUACUGCCGGGUGGGCAUCGGUUUCCAUCUCCAGCUGCACCCCGACGGCCGGGUGGACGGCGCCCACGACGUCAGCCCGCUCAGUAUUUUGGAAAUAUUUGCUGUGUCUCAGGGGAUUGUAGGAAUACGAGGAGUUUUCAGCAACAAAUUUUUAGCGAUGUCAAAAAAAGGAAAACUCCAUGCAAGUGCCCGGUUCACGGCGGACUGCCAGUUUCGGGAGCGCUUCCAGGAGAACAGCUACAACACUUAUGCCUCGGCCGUCCACCGCAGCCCGCGCUCGGGCCGCCAGUGGUAUGUGGCGCUCAACAAGCGGGGCAAAGCCAAGCGGGGGUGCAGUCCCCGUGCCCGGCCCCAGCACGUCUCCACGCACUUCCUCCCCCGCUUUCGGCAGCCCCAGCCCCCCGAGCUCGCCUUCACCGUCACCCUCCCCGAAAAGAAGCCCCUGUCGCCACCGAAACCGCAAGUCGCCCCAUCUCCACCUCGGAAAAACCCCGGCCCCGUCAAGUACCGGCUGAAGUUUCGCUUCGGGUAGCGCGCCGUGGCAGGGAUGCCGGCGCAGGAGAGACCCAAAGCAGGGAGACCCGCCUCCGGACACCCGCGGACGGACGCGGGGAGGCUCCGGGUAGCCGUCAUAGGCUCGGGGUCUUCUCCUCUCCCC